AUGUCACCAUACAGAUUGGUGUUCGGGAAGAUGUGCCAUUUGCCCGUGGAAGUGGAGCAUAGGGCUUACUGGGCUGUGAAAGAGAUGAAUAUGAAGGCACAUGACUGUGAAGAGGAACGUAAACUGCAGCUACAGGAAUUAGAGGAACUAAGACUGGAGGCAUUCGACUCGGCCAUGUGGUAUAAAGAAAGAACAAAGCUCUGGCAUGAUAAGAAUCUCCGAGUCAAGGAACUUUGCGUAGGGCAGAAAGUACUCCUUUUUCAAUCCCGGCUGAAGCUAAUGGCUGGUAAGUUGAAAUCCAAGUGGAUAGGGCCAUACACGAUCAUUGGCCUUCGAGCAAAUGGAGCUGUAGAGAUUCAAGGAAGUGCCCCAAACUCAGUUCCUUUCCUAGUGAAUUGGCACAGAGUGAAGGUAUACAGAGAUAAUACAGAUAUGCAUGUGGUGGAAGAGACGCCACUACAUGCAUAUGCUAUUGUUUCUUAG